GUAUAUAUAUACAAUAAAAUAUCAACAUAAAACCAAAAAUAUUCUCUCUAUCUGUGUACUAAGUUUUUAUCUUUGGUAGAAAUCAAGUGCCAUUGCAAACAUGUCGAUGUUUCGUCCCAAAACCUCGGCCACUGCUUUGGCACUCGCUUUACCGCAGGAAAUCAACAAGGAAGAAGAGAAGAAUCUAAAGCAUUUGUCCGACGACGUUAUCACGAAUCGGAUAUUCACCAUAAACAGCGAUGAUGAGACGAUGAAAAUUGACAUUGAUAGCUACAUUUUGUUCAUUGAAAGUGUCAUCAAAUCUUCAGAUAAGAUUGCUGUUGCUUCUCAUUGGGCAAAAGGAAGCAAAGGGAAUUUUGUAUUGGCAGAUGAGUCAUUGAAAUAUCCCACCCAAAUUGAUCCUCCAAUUUGCACCCUUCAUCAGAUCUCAACAGAGAUGACAUGUAAGGAUCCAGGCGUAGAAACAGCAGACCAAACAACUCUCAACAUUCUACGAAAAUUGACGAGAUAUUCUUGGGAUGCCAAGGCAGUGUUGAUAUUUACAGCGUUUGCGACAAACUAUGGAGUUUUGUGGCACCUCGACAAUUACUCACACUCGGAUACGCUGGCAAAAUCAUUGGCGACUAUAAAGCGAGUGUCAUUGUUGAGAAAGGAGUUGGAUAGUGUGAAAUAUGGGCAGGUUUUUUUCAACCAAAAUAGUAUGAUCUAUAAUUGCAUGAAGGCAAUUAAAUACAUAAAUGAAUUCAGGACGUUAUCAAAAUAUGACACAAAAGAUGUGCCUGAGUUAUCGGCAGCACUUCGUCAGAUCCCUUUGGUUUCUUAUUGGAUUAUUCACACUCUUGUGGCUUCUAGCAUUGAACUUCAUUGCUAUCUUUCUGGUGUCCAAGGUCAAGCACAUAAAUAUUUGAAUGAGUUGUUUGAAAAAAGUGAAUCAAUUCUUUUGACACUUGAGAAUCAUCUGCAACUCAUCAGGGAACAAAUAGAAGAGGUAGAACUUUAUAGAUGGUUGGUGGAUCAAACUGAUCAUUUUCCAACUGAUAUCACAUUGUUUCUUUCCAAGUUAAUUGAUGGCAAACACAAAGCCAGGCCUCUCAUUAACUGCUCUACUCAAUUGGAGGAAUACAUCGAAGACUUUUUGAAGGAAAAGAAGUUGAUAUUAAUAGUUUCAAAGCGUUUGGAUAUUUCAACGGAAGAUCUAGAGAUUCUUUAUUCGAUUUACAAUGAAGUGAAGAAGGAAAAUAAGUUCGAGAUGGUUUGGAUUCCGGUGAUACCGGAUCCUCCAAUGGAUGGUGAUGAGGAAGCGUAUGAAUAUUUGAUAUCUGUAAUGAAAUGGUAUGUAGUGCCAUUUAAUACAAAAAUUGCAGGUAUGAGAUUUUUGGAGGAAAGAUGGGAGCUUAGAGAAGAUAUAUUGAUGGUUGUUCUAAACACACAAUCCAAGGUUGAAUUUUCAAAUGCUAUUCACUUGACAAGAAUAUGGGAAAAAGAAGCUCUUCCUUUUACUUAUGAUAGAGCAAAAGCUUUGUUGAAGAAGAACUGGAUUGAAUCAACUGUUGUCAAGUUUACUGAUCAACCUAGAUUGAGGAGUCUGGUUGUGAUUAACCAGGAAAGGAACGUCAUAUUCUAUGGAGGGCACAAUCCCAGAUGGAUUAAAAAAUUUGAAGAAUCAGCAGAAACCAUGAAAAGAGAUCCUACAACCAGAGAAGAAGGAAUUACAUUUGAAUUGGCACCCGUGGGAAUGAACAAAGGAGAACAAGAUCCAGUCAUCACGUUUCGUUUCUGGAUGGCGCAACGGAGUUAUUUCAUUCUCAAACAUCAAUUACAGGGAUCGACUGCAACUGAAGAUAUUUCACGAUUGAUAUCUUACGAAACUGAAGAUGGAUGGGCAAUCAUAACCAAAGGUCCCACAGUUGUCUUCGUUGCUGGUGGUGAUUUGAUAUUAAAAGCAAUGGACCAGUUUAAUUUAUGGAAGAAAAAUAUGCGUCGAUUAGGCUUCUCUGGUUCUUUCAAAGAGCACUUCGACGAGCUCACUGCCACGAGUCUUCACUGCACGAAUGUAAAUCUCAUCGGAUAUAGUGGGUGGAUUCCUCUUUUCAUCACCUGUCCUAUGUGUCGUCGCUACAUGGGAAGUGGUAUCAGAUUCACAUGCUGCCAUGGCGGCCCUGAUGUGCUUUUUUAGAUCACCAUCUUAUUCUGCCAUGGCAGCCCGGCCAUGAUGUUCUUUAGAUCAUCGUAUUCUUCUUCUUCUAUUAUUGCUAAAUAAUACCAUUUGGCUGUAGAGUCCCUAAAGCCAUGUGGCUAUACUAUAAUGAUGUUCUCUUAUUCAUACUUAUAAUUGGUUUCGUCAUUUAUAUGAUGAGCCUGAGUAUAAUAAAUAUACAAGAGUUGAAUGUUUGGAAA